CGGGCAGCUGGACUGCGCGCUCCCUUUCGCGCCCGCUCCCGGGCUUUGGGCUCGCUCGCCCCGCUCGGCGGUCGCCCGCGGCCGCCCGGGUUCACCGUCGCUCUGAGGCGGCACCGCGAGGGUGGCCGCUGCCUCAGCCCUGCCCCUCUUCCCUCCCUCCCUUGCAGCCCCACCACGUAGGAGUUCGGAUUCUCCACCCGAGUCGCCCUGAUUUCCCUUUGCCUCUUUCUGAAGCGGGAGUGGUGGAGGGAGGCAGCGAGGCUGCGAGGGAGAGGCCCGCCAAGUCGGCCCGCCUGCAAAGUGUUGCUUUGACACAUCCUUAUUAUGGAAGUUAAGUGAAAAAACUCUGGACGUGGAGCGGCUACCGAGAAGGAGACCGGGCAAGGAAAACCAGUAGGCAGGCCAAUGGUGUUUCGGCAGCGCGCUGGCAAGUUUGUGGAACACUUUCUAGGAAUUAGGUCUUUUUCCUCCCUCUUCAUCUUCUUGACUGCUGAAGAAAGAACUUGGCUUUGGAAGGCAAUGGAGCCUGAGGACAGAGGGUUAGACACACUUGAAUAAUCCCUCCGGCUGGGCUGAAUUUGUGGGAAUUUAGGAAGCCAAGUGUGGAAAUACAGCAGCCUUUGGAGUGCCCUCUGUUAAUUUGGAUGGAGCUAAAUGUGCCCCAUUCGAGACCUCUCCACUAACCCCUUCUGAUCUUGCGAUUUGCUCUUCUUGACUUUAAUUAGCAUCUAGGAAAGUCUAAACUUUGGACCUACCUCUUUUUUUGAUACUUAUUUUUGUACUUUUGCUCUCUGGGAUUGGUUUCUUAAAACAAUCUGGAUCCUUUUUAAUAUGUCAAAAUGAGUCGGCUGAUGUUUACACAACUACUGCUCUGUGGAUUUUUAUAUGUUCGGGUUGAUGGAUCUCGUCUUCGCCAGGAAGACUUCCCGCCACGGAUUGUGGAGCACCCUUCAGAUGUCAUUGUCUCUAAGGGAGAGCCCACCACUUUGAACUGUAAGGCAGAGGGCCGGCCAACGCCCACCAUUGAGUGGUACAAGGAUGGUGAGCGGGUGGAGACUGACAAGGAUGAUCCCCGGUCUCACAGGAUGCUUCUGCCCAGCGGAUCCUUAUUCUUCUUGCGCAUUGUACACGGGCGCAGAAGCAAACCUGAUGAAGGAAGCUACGUUUGUGUUGCAAGGAACUAUCUCGGUGAAGCAGUGAGUCGAAAUGCAUCUCUGGAAGUGGCAUUGUUACGAGAUGACUUCCGGCAAAAUCCCACAGAUGUUGUAGUGGCAGCUGGAGAGCCCGCAAUCCUGGAGUGCCAACCUCCCAGGGGACAUCCAGAACCCACCAUCUACUGGAAAAAAGACAAAGUUCGAAUUGAUGACAAGGAAGAAAGAAUAAGUAUUCGUGGUGGAAAACUGAUGAUCUCCAACACGAGGAAAAGCGAUGCAGGGAUGUAUACCUGUGUUGGCACCAAUAUGGUGGGAGAAAGAGACAGUGAUCCAGCAGAACUGACUGUCUUCGAACGACCCACAUUUCUCAGGAGGCCAAUUAACCAGGUGGUGCUGGAGGAAGAAGCUGUAGAAUUUCGUUGUCAGGUCCAGGGAGAUCCUCAACCAACUGUGCGGUGGAAAAAGGAUGAUGCAGACUUGCCAAGAGGAAGGUAUGACAUCAAAGAUGAUUAUACUCUGAGAAUUAAAAAGGCCAUGAGUACAGAUGAAGGCACCUAUAUGUGUAUUGCUGAGAAUCGGGUUGGAAAAGUGGAAGCCUCUGCUUCUCUCACAGUCCGAGCUCGCCCUGUUGCUCCUCCACAGUUUGUGGUUAGGCCAAGAGAUCAGAUUGUUGCUCAAGGUCGAACAGUGACAUUUCCCUGUGAAACUAAAGGAAACCCCCAGCCAGCUGUUUUUUGGCAAAAAGAAGGCAGCCAGAACUUGCUUUUCCCAAACCAACCCCAGCAACCCAACAGUAGAUGCUCUGUUUCGCCAACUGGAGACCUCACAAUAACCAACAUUCAACGAUCAGACGCGGGUUAUUAUAUCUGCCAGGCCCUAACUGUGGCUGGAAGCAUUUUAGCAAAAGCUCAACUGGAAGUUACUGAUGUUUUGACAGAUAGACCUCCACCCAUAAUUCUACAAGGCCCGGCCAACCAAACACUAGCAGUAGAUGGCACAGCGUUGCUGAAAUGUAAAGCAACUGGUGACCCUCUUCCUGUAAUUAGCUGGUUAAAGGAGGGAUUUACUUUUCUGGGUAGAGAUCCAAGAGCAACUAUACAAGAACAAGGAACAUUGCAGAUUAAGAAUUUACGGAUUUCUGAUACUGGUACUUAUACUUGUGUGGCUACAAGUUCAAGUGGGGAGACUUCCUGGAGUGCUGUGCUGGAUGUGACUGACUCUGGAGCAACAAUCAGUAAAAAUUAUGAUUUAAGUGACCUGCCAGGGCCACCAUCCAAACCACAGGUCACUGAUGUUACUAAGAACAGUGUCACCUUGUCCUGGCAACCAGGUACCCCUGGAGCCUUUCCAGCAAGUGCAUAUAUCAUUGAGGCUUUCAGCCAAUCCGUGAGCAAUAGCUGGCAGACAGUGGCAAACCAUGUGAAGACCACCCUCUUUACAGUGAGAGGCCUGCGGCCCAACACGAUCUAUUUAUUCAUGGUCAGAGCAAUCAACCCCCAAGGUCUGAGCGACCCAAGCCCGAUGUCAGAUCCUGUGCGCACACAAGAUAUCAGCCCACCAGCACAAGGAGUGGACCAUAGACAAGUACAGAAAGAACUGGGAGAUGUCAUUGUCCGUCUCCAUACUCCAGUUGUGUUGACUCCCACCACUGUUCAAGUCACGUGGACGGUUGAUCGCCAGCCCCAGUUUAUUCAAGGCUAUCGAGUGAUGUAUCGUCAGACUUCAGGCCUGCAGACUACGUCAGCAUGGCAGAAUUUAGAUGCCAAAGUCCCAACCGAGAGAAGCGCUGUCUUAGUCAACCUGAAAAAGGGGGUGACUUAUGAAAUUAAAGUUCGACCAUAUUUUAAUGAGUUCCAAGGAAUGGAUAGUGAAUCUAAAAUAGUUCGUACUACUGAAGAAGCCCCAAGUGCCCCUCCACAAUCUGUCACUGUGCUGACAGUUGGAAGCCACAAUAGCACAAGUAUUAGUGUUUCCUGGGAUCCUCCUCCUCCAGACCAUCAGAAUGGAAUUAUCCAAGAAUACAAGAUCUGGUGUCUGGGGAAUGAAACGCGAUUCCACAUCAACAAAACUGUGGAUGCAGCCAUUCGAUCUGUCAUAAUUGGUGGAUUAUUCCCAGGUAUUCAAUACCGGGUAGAGGUUGCAGCUAGUACCAGUGCAGGGAUUGGAGUAAAAAGUGAACCGCAGCCGAUAAUAAUUGGGGGACGUAAUGAAGUUGUCAUUACUGAAAACAAUAACAGCAUAACUGAACAAAUCACUGAUGUUGUGAAGCAACCAGCCUUUAUAGCUGGUAUUGGUGGUGCCUGCUGGGUAAUCUUGAUGGGUUUUAGCAUCUGGUUGUAUUGGCGAAGAAAGAAGAGAAAGGGACUCAGUAAUUAUGCUGUUACAUUUCAAAGAGGAGAUGGAGGACUAAUGAGCAAUGGGAGCCGUCCUGGUCUUCUAAAUGCUGGUGAUCCCAGUUAUCCAUGGCUUGCAGAUUCGUGGCCAGCCACGAGUUUACCAGUAAACAAUAGCAAUAGUGGCCCGAAUGAGAUUGGGAAUUUUGGACGUGGAGAUGUGCUGCCACCAGUUCCAGGCCAAGGGGAUAAAACAGCAACAAUGCUCUCAGAUGGAGCCAUUUAUAGCAGCAUUGACUUCACGACCAAAACCACUUACAACAGUUCCAGCCAGAUAACACAGGCUACCCCAUAUGCCACAACACAGAUCUUGCAUUCCAAUAGCAUACAUGAAUUGGCCGUCGAUCUGCCUGACCCACAAUGGAAAAGCUCGAUUCAGCAAAAAACAGAUCUGAUGGGAUUUGGUUAUUCUCUACCUGAUCAGAACAAAGGUAACAAUGCCUUACUUUACAUCCCUGACUACCGAUUGGCUGAGGGAUUGUCUAAUAGAAUGCCACACAACCAGUCACAGGAUUUCAGCACCACCAGCUCUCACAACAGCUCAGAGAGGAGUGGCAGUCUCUCAGGUGGGAAAGGUGGAAAAAAGAAGAAAACUAAAAACUCUUCUAAACCUCAGAAAAACAAUGGAUCGACCUGGGCCAAUGUUCCUCUACCUCCUCCCCCGGUCCAGCCCCUUCCUGGCACAGAGCUGGAACACUACGCAGUGGAACAGCAAGAAAAUGGUUAUGACAGCGAUAGCUGGUGUCCGCCAUUACCCGUGCAAACAUACUUACACCAGGGUAUGGAAGAUGAACUGGAAGAAGAUGAUGAUCGUGUCCCGACACCUCCAGUCCGAGGCGUGGCUUCUUCGCCUGCUAUUUCCUUUGGACAGCAGUCCACUGCAACCCUCACUCCAUCCCCACGGGAAGAGAUGCAGCCCAUGCUGCAGGCUCACCUGGACGAGCUGACCAGAGCCUAUCAGUUUGAUAUAGCAAAGCAAACAUGGCACAUUCAAAGCAAUAAUCAACCUCCACAGCCCCCGGUUCCACCAUUAGGUUACAUGUCCGGAGCCUUGAUUUCCGAUUUGGAAACAGAUGUUCCAGAUGAUGAUGCUGAUGAUGAGGAAGAAGCUUUAGAAAUCCCCAGGCCCCUGAGGGCACUAGAGCAGACACCUGGAUCCAGUAUGGACAAUCUAGACAGCUCUGUGACAGGUUCAAUGGUAAAUGGAUGGGGCUCUGCAUCUGAUGAGGAUCGUAACUUUUCUAGUCAUAGAUCUAGUGUAGGUAGCUCCUCAGAUGGCUCCAUCUUUGCCAGCGGCAGCUUUGCACAAGCACUGGUGGCAGCAGCAGAUAAAGCUGGUUUUAGGCUGGAUGGAACCAGCCUUACAAGAACAGGCAAAGCUUUUACCUCCUCUCAAAGACCUCGACCAACCAGCCCAUUUUCUACUGACAGUAAUACCAGUGCAGCCCUGAGUCAGAGUCAGAGGCCUCGGCCCACUAAAAAACACAAGGGAGGGAGAAUGGACCAACAACCAGCAUUGCCUCAUCGAAGGGAAGGAAUGACAGACGAUCUUCCACCACCACCAGAUCCCCCUCCAGGUCAGGGUUUAAGGCAGCAAAUAGGCCCGAGCCAGCAUGCUGGUAACGUGGAAACCUCAACAGAGAGAAAAGGAAGCUCUCUGGAGACACCACAAGCAUCCACCUUAGAAGACACAAAGAGCUCAUUGGAUUGUCCAGCUAGAGCAUCCCUAGAGUGGCAGCGACAAACCCAAGAAUGGAUAAACUCCACAGAGCGCCAAGAAGAUAUACGGAAAGCCCUACACAAACAAAGUGUUGGACCAGAGGAGACAUUGGUGCCCUACAGCAAGCCCAGUUUCCCAUCUCCAGGAGGUCACAGCUCAUCAGGAACAGCUUCUUCUAAAGGAUCCACUGGACCUAGGAAAGCCGAGGCUUUGAGGGGAAGUCACCAGCGCAAUGCCAGCGACCUUCUUGACAUAGGAUACAUGGGCUCAAAUAGUCAAGGACAGUUUACAGGUGAAUUAUAGUAACUGAGAGGAGACAUGCAAAGCUGCUCUGAAGGACCACCAGGUCUGAACUCAUGGAAGUGAUGACACUAAACAGUGCAAUGAACAAUUUCUUUAUUUAUGUACUAUUAAAAGACUGUAAAUGCAAUGUAAAGACACACAGCCACACAUAUCCCACAGAUAUUUUACUUGUGUUCUUCUCUUAAGUACACCACCCACCUUAACUCUUUCUUGUCAGGAGUAUAUACAAAAGAAAGAAAACAAAACUCGCCCUCCAGGAAGAAAAGGAUUUUCCUCUGUAUAUAAUUUCUUUUGUGCGUUGCUAUGCAAGCUCACUCUUUUUAGCUCUGUUCAUACUAUUGUCUGUUUUUAUUGGUCUGUUGUACUAUAUGUGAAUUAAUAGGCUGUGGUGCCAUAUAUUAACUUUUAAUUGUGUAACUUUUAUGUUUAAAUUUUGCACUGCAAUUUUAUUUGGUGAUAAGCACAAAUCUCUACUCCUCGUGACAUGAAGAACAAGACUGAAUGUGAAGGGAGUUUCUGUACUGUAAGCUAGGCUGGAUAUGCUGGUUGGAACCAAUCAUGUGAGAUGGUUUGCAGUUGGGGUGUAGAAACAGGAAGAUGCAAAGGAACAGUGGUGUUGGCAAAGUCUUCCUUGAGUACCAGGGACUGAGUCAAUAAAAAGAAAAGCAGAAAGGUGGCUUUUACUAUUGACAAAACGCAGGGGUCAAAGAAGGAAAUCUAAGUCUUAAGGCUAAAUAGGUAUUAAAAUACACAGGUAGCAAAGAUGUACUAAACUCGCUAAAAAGAGAAAGAAAAAGAAAAUGAAAAUGAAAGUUAUAUGUAGCAUCAACUUUACCUGUCAUUGUAAUUGACCCAUCUGAGAAUUAUAACAAGCAAAAGGAAAUGAAGGUGUUUCCAAGAGCUGUGUUUGUAUUACAGUGUUUUCAAGAAGCAUUUUCUGAAUUACCAUAAUUAAUCUCUCCAACUCAUUAAGUCAGGAUCUAAUAUGAAGUUCCCCAAGGAAACAAACAAAAUGAACUCUAGAAUAUCUAGCAAAUAGUUAAAGAGGCAAUUUAUUAUUAGGACAUACUCGGGCUGCUUCCAAAUGCAAAAACUCUAUAGCAAUAUCUUGUUUCAUCUUUCUAAUACAUGUUCAGUACACACUAGAGGAUAGAGCUGCAUCGCUUAAAUUUAUGACUUUGAAAAAAAUCAUGCAGUCUAUAGACAAUUCUGUGUUUUGUUUGAUUAAGAGGUGAAGUUCAUGCCACCAGAUGUAUAGCCAAAUUGUAAGUGCUUAAAAAGCAGUGCUCAGAGUAUGUUCAGUUCACAGUAAGUAGAUUUAUCGAAAGAAACAUUUUAUGGUACAGUCUCAGAAAUUGGCUACCGACUAAAAUAUGUUUGACCCAUUUUGAAUGAGUAAAUUGAAAAGAAAAAUUUUAAAGGAGAAACAAUGCAUGUUUAUACGCUUUUUAAAUAAAACCAAACCUCGUUAAGUGGACAUUAA